UGCGAUGCACGCAUUGCUUGGUUGUGCGUUACUGGGAGAGGGAUACAGAGUAGAUCCGUUUAGCUUGUGUUGCUGCUCGGAUUUCUAGACUCUUUGCAUUGGCACAACAAUUCAUAAAAAAUAGUUUUAAGAUAAAAAAAGAGUCUAAGAACGAAAAAUAGGAAGGAAAACAAACGAGGAGUCAUGGCUGCAAUUAGGAAGAAGCUUGUGGUGGUGGGUGACGGUGCCUGCGGGAAGACAUGCCUCCUGAUUGUGUUCAGCAAAGAUGAGUUUCCCGAGGUUUAUGUCCCCACGGUGUUCGAGAACUACGUAGCCGACAUCGAGGUGGACGGCAAGCAGGUGGAACUGGCGCUGUGGGACACGGCAGGCCAGGAGGACUACGAUCGUCUGCGACCCCUGUCCUACCCGGACACUGACGUGAUCCUGAUGUGCUUCUCGGUGGACAGUCCCGACUCGCUGGAGAACAUCCCCGAGAAGUGGGUGCCGGAGGUGAAGCACUUCUGCCCCAAUGUGCCCAUCAUCCUGGUGGCCAACAAGAAAGACCUGCGGAACGACGAGAACGUUCGGAACGAGCUGGCCCGUAUGAAACAGGAGCCAGUACGCACGGAGGAUGGCCGCGCCAUGGCUGUGCGUAUCGGAGCUUACGACUACUUGGAAUGCUCGGCCAAGACCAAGGAAGGAGUACGGGAGGUGUUCGAGACCGCGACGCGGGCAGCGUUGCAGAAGCGAGCCCGGCCUAGCAGAGGCUGUGCCCACUGUUGCACCGUCCUAUGAUGCUUCCCCGACCACUGCGGCCAGCCGGCAUUACUCUGCAAGCUGAACUCUUCCCGAGAGGGGACUUAACUCUUGGGCAGUAAGAAAAUGCGGACAGUUUCUAGGAAGAAAAUACGGGACAUCACUAAAGAAGGGGUGGGGGAAAUGUUUUUUUUGUUCUGACAGCCGAUCGACCACCGUGAGAGAGAUGCAGAUUUUUUUGAGUUUAUUUUAAGUGGGCUGAAGAUGAGUUAUUCACACCGAUUGCAGGCGGCACUGUCCUGUAGAGCCACGGGUUGUAUAGCAUCCCACUCGGGAUGCAGCAGACGGACUGCCUUACAAUAUGCCAAUGUUGUAAAACAAUGCUUUAAUGUGUGUGUAUAUAUAUGUGUGUUUAUAAAUAGAGAGGGACGUUUAUGUUAUUCUUCUCCUGUGAGAAGCGACGAGAAGGGUUUGUGGUGGGUUCCUCCGCCGAUUCCUUUUCCGUUGUUUUGUCCGGUUCGCUUUAAGCGACAUCUUGGUGUGUGAAUGGGGUGCUGGCCGGCAAAGGGACACGGUGUAUUGGAAAGGGCACGGUGGUACUCUCCUCACCUACCUACAUCUAGCCUACUCACGAUGACUGUCCGGUUGUGCCAUCUGCCAGAAGUGGGCGAUCGCAGUAGUUUGGCGCGACCUCCAAAACAGAACACCCUUGUGGUGGCACUGACGAUAAACUUUGGGAUUCUCACUAUAUACACAAGAGAAAAUGGGAGGAUAUUUACAACCUUUUAUUUUGCUCUGAACAUCUGUACUGGUAAAAAGAGGACUUCUCAAGUUCCAUCGAUAUUUUUACUCUAUCUGAAGUGGUACUGAGGUGGGCCUUCACUGACUCAGUGUUAAACUCAAAAAAUGGCGACGCUUCGCAAUGAGGCCGAGACGUGCAUUUGUUUACAGAAUUGUAUACCGAAGUAUAAGCUGUGUAAAAAUUCGUUUUCACGCAAAGUAUUAAAUGUAAUCAAAACUGA